CAAAGUAAUAUUAUAACUAACGCAAUUCGUUCAAAUUCACGGCGCAAGUUUCGAUUCUGGUUGGUGUAAUCUGCGCUGCGGUAACCGUACAUGUUCCUGUUUUUCGUCGGAUCAUUACGUGGUUGACUUCUUGACUCUUGUUAAGAGCUUGUGCCGCAUCUGCGCAUCAAUCAGGGACAUCAUGGCCUCAACACAAGACUGGAGGAACGCUUUGCCUUUGAUCUUCGCCCUUAAAAAGUGUCGCUGGGUCAACCCUUCCCAAUCACAUCUGGGUCAGGCGGCCGGCGUCCAUCCAAUGUGAAUGAGCGGGUCUGAAGUUCAAAAGAUUUUCAUCCCCUGCUCCAAGAUCUUUCAUUUACGGGCGACCAAGAGACAAAUCUCGGGGCAUUAAUCGGCUCAUACCGCCGGAUCUGGUAGGUUAUCGAGAUCUAGAGCUUAGCUUAGGAUGGGCCCGCAAGUUUAAUAUUUCUUACUUUACCUUAGGGAAGCGCCAGUUCGUGCUUCAAUAUGGUUUCUACAUUUUCCUAUGCGUUCUGAAGCUUCUUCGCGAGUUUGUCGGAUACUGCAGCGCUAAAUAAUUCAUUCUGAAUUGAACAGAAAAAUGACGGACUCAAUUGACCACUAUUAUCAGAAUAGGGAUGCGACGCCGUCGAAAACUCUCUGCAAUGGAGAUUCCUACAACAAAACGGCUCCUCUACCUCCAUUGUCCACCUUACUAGAAAGAUCCGAAACUCCAAGUUCGAGACGGGAUCCGAUCAGUCCCAAUUCCACCAAAUCCACAUCCGAAAGUCCACGUCCCGUUACAAGCUCUAGAGGUGCUGAAAGUAGCACAAGAGGCUCGAUGCGAACGAGCCCCAGUGACAGUGGUAGUGUAAGCAGUAGGAAUGGUGUAGGUUUAAGUGGUGCAGGAAAUUUUGCAGAUUUCUUCAGUCCUGAAGUUUUUUAUAUUGUGCUUCAUAAUCCGACGACCGCGCAUCGAUUUUUGAAAUUUUGUCAGGGUCGUUCUUGUUCGGAAAAUCUCGAAUUUUUGCACAAGGUACGCUAAAAUGGUUUGCCAUUGUAUAUAUGUUAGUGCUAAAAAUACUAACUAGAUCGAUGAAUACAAUCGACUGAUAGAUGAGGCAACUCGUCUUCUUUCCACCAUACACUCGUCUUUCAUCUCAUCCGAGGCGCCAAAGCAAAUUAAUAUUUCUAGUUCCCAAAAUCGAGAAUUAUCACAUGGUGUUAAGAACGCGACAUAUAAUGUUCUUCCCGGCCUGCAAGAUAUUUUCAAUGAAUCACAGGAGCAGAUUGAAAAACUACUGGCUAGCGACUUGUAUCCACGUUUUGUAAAACAUCAGGUUACUGCUUCCGCCACUAUGGCAUUGGCAAAUGAUAGAGAAAGAUAUCCAGGUCUAGGUGACUGUUUUUGUUUGACUGAUCCAAAGUAUGUCCAUUCAAAGCUACUGUCCCUCUAGAUUCCAAGCUAACAGUAUGGAGGCGAGCGGAUAAUCCAAUUGCAUUUGCUUCAGAUGGCUUCGUCUCUGUCACGGGAUAUUCUAGAACAGAUAUCAUUCCUCGAAACUGUCGUUUCUUGCAGGGGGCAUAUACUGAUCUUCAGGCAACAAAACGUUUACGCACUUCCAUUCAAAACUGUGAAGAAACCGUUGAAUUACUUCUUAAUUAUCGCAAAAACGGUGAUCCAUUUUGGAAUCUUCUUUACGUGUCUCCCUUAUUCGACGGUAAUGGAGAUGUCAGGUUUUUUCUUGGUGGACAAGUAAACUGCAGUACGACGAUUCACAGUCGUACCGAUGUUCUUCGGAUUUUAAGCCUAAAUGAUGAAGAUACUGAGAGUGUGAAAGAGGGAAGUAGGAAAACUCCUAGUGUUCGAAGUAAGGAUUCCAAUAAUCCGAGUAUUUAUGGAAAAAGUUCCUUCUUUAAAAGCUUCAAAAAAUACAGUGCUAAAGCUGUGACAAUCCGGGAUGAAGCUGGGAUGGAAGGCGAAUUGAUUGAUCGAAUUGGGAAAUUACAAUUUAAGACACAAGUCGAAGAAUUCUAUACAGCUUAUUCAAAGGUAGGUUUAACAUCUCAAAAGUUGCCUAACAUUGAUUAACAUCAAAAACAGUAUCUCGUCCUAUCCUACCAACCGCAGUCACAAAAUCUCACUGUCAAAUACUAUUCCCCAGGUAUAAUCGACAUGCUUGGUCUCCACCUCCCUAAUGGUGAAGUAGCUCCUAUAGUUGACAAAGAUAUUUUCAAAAUGCUCACCGAACACUCCCCAUCAUCCGUGCCACGGACAUUUAAAAACGUAGUCAAGGAAGGUAUAAAAGCAGGAAGAGCAGUAUCAGUCGAAACGAGUCUCUUAACUGGAAUUGAAGAAAUCAAAAAAUCGCAAGGAAUUUUUGGAGGUGCGACAAUUGAUCGAGAGAGGGGCUGGAAAAGGUCGGAGGAAAAAUACGUUUGUCAUUUUACGCCUUGUAAAGAUGAGGAGGGAAGAGUUGCUUGGGUGGUUUUGACCGUGGCGCCGAAAACGUAACUUAGAAUUCUUUUGUGGGGUCUUGGUUCUGCUUGGGCGUUAAGGUGGCAGACAUGUUAAUGAUACCCGGAAUGAUAUUUUUGUAUUCGGAUCGAGAUUUUGAUUUUUUUUUUCUAUUUGAGAAGGGAGGUUAGAAAUGGGAAAUGGGAAGAUAAUAUGAUAGUAGAAGAUGGGAUAGGAAAAAAUUAGACGAUAAGAUGAAGGGGUUGUGGGAAUAGACCAAGGAAAUAUCAUACAUGUCAAUAAACU